AUGACAAGCGUGGUGAUUUACGACGCGGCCGUGCAGCCAGCCUCCGCUAGACGACAUGCAGACAAAAGCAUAUUUGCAUAUGCUAGUGAGCGCGAAACUGGCACUACGCAGACGCAGACGCAGACGCAGACGCAGACGCAGACGCAGACGCAGACGCAGACGCAGACGCAGACGCAGACGCAGACGCAGACGCAGACGCAGACGCAGACGCAGACGCAGACGCAGACGCAGACGCAGACGCAGACGUAG